AUGUCGUUCCAAGAAGCUGCUACCGUCAGUCUGUGUGGACUGACAGCCGCUCAGGGUGUCUUCAGCCGACUCGGACUCCCUGGGCCUUUCACCCAAUCUCGAAGUUUCGACCAUCUCAAACUCGCCAACGGAGAGCUCGUGAAUGUGUUUAUCUACAGCGCAACAACCUCGUUAGGCCUCUUCGCCGCACAGCUUGUGCGCCUGGCUGAGAAGACUUCCGGCACGAGGGUACGUCUCAUCGGUGCCGCCAGUAGUGCAAAGCACGACAUGCUGCGCCAAACUCCUUACUCAUACGACGAGCUAGUCGACUACCGAGAAGCUGACUGGCAAGCAACGGUUCGCCGAGUCUGCGGUAUUAGUGGUGGGGUUCAUUACGGCAUAGAUGCGGUCUCGCAGUCUCCGUCUGUCGAAUGUGUGCAUGAUACAUUGGUCGACGCGGGAAAGUUGGCGGUGUUCCGGGCACCAGCUCUCGCAGGGUUUGAUCCGUCUAAGCUAAGGAUCAAGCCAGUCACAGGUGCAGUCUGGGAAGGUCUUGGCGUAGAGAUCCAAUAUCAAGGUGUCACAUUCCCGGCCAACCCCGAAGCUCGUGAGUUUGCAACCCAGUUCUAUAAUCAUCUUGGAUCAGAAGCUUCGUUAGGAAGAGUCAAGUUGCAGGCCAACCCGGUUCGCCUAAUGCCAGGAGGACUCGAGAACAUCGCAUCGGAAGGCAUCCUGCUCUUUGGGUCGAAGCAAGUCAAUGAGCCGCCGAAGGAUCACAUGCGGUCCAUCAGCGGAGAGAAGAUUGUCUACAUCGUUUCUUAG